AUGGAUCCAACUCAAAACACCAUCGAAGACCUGAUGCUGAGGAUACAUCACUACGAAGGUAUUGACCGAUCCAGAGAUGUCUGUCUCUUUACAAAGGAUGGAAUGCCCCUGACAGAUGAUGCCUUCUUCAACACAUGGUCCUUACAAGAUAGACACAUUGAAAGUGGACAGGAGAUUUAUGCAAUAUUCACACCAAAGCAGAAUGUGAAAUCAGCUCCUGCACUUUCACAGCGGACAGAUUUUCAAACUAGUGGAACAGACACGGUUCGAUGUCAUGUCAUGCUCAAGGGAGAUUAUGAGCUGGCAGUGAACUUGGCAAAUGACACAGUAUGUGUUUUGAAGAACAGGCUUGCAAAUGAGUGUGGAAUUCCAGCACAUGCCCUACAUUACAAAGGGGAAGGUGGCCUUGGCGACACAUUGGAGAGUUGUGGAAUUACAGAGGACUCAACAAUAUACUUCUCACUGUCCUCAUUUUCUGCUGAAAAUCAAGAUGCCAUGGACUUUUUCAUUGACGAUGUUCAGCCCUCAGUCCAGCAAACUCCCAUUGGAAUGAGUUAUUUGCUUUCAUCUCUAUACGUAAUUAAAAACAAAUUCCCUGUGGUUUUAAUGAAGAAACUGAUUAGCUACAUUCGUAUACUAACUGGAUGCCACCCUCUGGCCCAAAGUUUGUAUCAGUUACUUUGUAAGAAUGAACACAUAUCCAGGAAUCAAAAGAUUGCUACAGUCGAAGGAUUGUACCUCCUGUUCAGAGAGCUCUUGCCAACUCUUGGAGCCAAACAAGGUGGAAAGUUCAUUGAAGAUCAAGAUGUCUUUGAGCAUUCAACAUACUGCUGGGCACAUCUCUUGUCUGAAGCACAGAAACAGACAUCAGAGCAUGAGAACUAUGCACCAUAUCUUUUGAAGAGUGAGGAUGGCAGCCGUUUCUGUGAACCAGUCAGGGUGCCCGGAGUACCAACUGUCAUGGAAAGAGCAGCUGUUCUGCAAAUGAUAAAAGAUGAAGACAAAAUUCCAAACUGCACUGAAGACAAUUUGAAAGUAACUUCAAUAAAAAAAGCCACAGACAUUGAGAAAAUUCUGCUCAGUGUUCAUCCUUCAGUAACAACUUACCAUUUUUGGAUUUCUCAUGACAGCACGACUGGACAGAAUUUUAACAUAAAUACUGGGAAGACCUUUGGAAGCAUGGCAGAGGACCUGAAGUCUUUCCCACAACUCCAAGUGACCCCCCCACUGCGUCUGAAAGAUUUAGGACUUCAAGAUCCAUGUCUGGUGUUCCUGAGUAAAGAAAAUCUUGGGGUUUAUCUCCAAAAAAAUAAGAUGAAACCAGAAAUCGUUGACGUAUAUGACUGCAUUGCUGGCAAGGAAAAGCAACUGGAUGUGAAUAUGCUGGCUAUUGAAAUUGGUGACCGCAGAGAUGACCAGUCAAUUGUUACAACCAGGGCUCCAAAGGAGGCUAUACAGGUACUGAUAGAUACAAGCUCAUCAAUGAAGGAAACAUGCUAUGGAAGUGUGGACAUUCAAAAGAUUCAUGCUGUGGCAGCCCUUUUUGACAAUUUUGCAUCACGAAGUAUGGCUUAUGAUUUUCAUCACAUCAUUGGCCUUGUGACAUUUUCCACAAAUGUAAAAACAGUGCACACAUUCACAGAAACACUUGAAAAGUUUAAGGAGCAUAUGCAAAAUCUCAAGCCAUCUGGGAGAACUGUGUUGUAUGAUGCUCUGGAACAUGGAAGACUAGAACUGGAAAAAGUGAAAGAGAAGUUUCCAGAAUGUAGACUUCGUAUUCUUUGCCUCACAGAUGGAAAUGAUGUUGGAUCUACCAAAAAGCCUGCUGAUGUUGCAGCAAACCUAAUAAAAUCCAACAUAACUGUGGAUUCGAUCCUUCUUGGAAAUGUGACAAAUAACAUUCUGCAUGGAACCAGCAUUGCAACAGGGGGUUGCUGCUUCAAGCCAGAAAUGAGCAAGGAUGGCCUCAAGCUUUUUGAGAUUGAAACUGUUCUUUCUUUGGAAAGGAGGAAGCCCAAAAGCAAAGCUGACCCAUCAUCCAUUACUGAAAGUGUCUUGAUUGGGUUCUUUGCUUCAAAUGGUUAUGAUUCAUUUCCUGAAGCUGUUUUACCAAGCCAGAUGCAGAGCAAAUUCACUGUGACCCAAAAUGCCCUUAAGAAGAGGAUUGCUGAGGCCAAAGACGGGCGCUUCAUGGAGAAAGACAGACGUAUCCUGGAGGAGCUGAAAAGUCUUCACUGUGAACCACAUCCCUACAUUAAUAUCUUUCCAGCAGAAUCUGACAUCACUUUUUGGAAGAUUCUCAUGGAAGGCCCUCCUGACACUUCUUAUGAGAAAGGAACAUUUGAGCUCUAUUGUGAAUUUGGCCCUGACUACCCAGUGAAGCCCCCAACAGUUCGCUUCGUGACUCACAUAUACCACUGCAACAUCAAUAACGUGGGCCGAAUCUGUCACAACAUUUUUGAUCGGAACUACAAUGCUCAGAUCACCAUGAGAGAAAUUCUUGAAGCUGUGUUCGGACUGCUGAUUGUUCCUGAGCCAGAGGAUCCAUUGGACAGCAUUCUGGCAGAAGAAUACCUGACCAAUAAAGAGUUGUAUGAACAAGAAGCCAGAAAACAAACAGAGGAAUUGGCAGGAGAACCAAUGGAGUCUAAGGAGAAGAAACUGGUGGUGCAAGAGAAAGAGUUCACACCUCCACAUCUCAUCUGUCAACUGACCAAGAAGAUAUUUAUUGAUCCAGUGAAAACAAAAUAUGGAGCAGUCUAUGAACGGAAGGCCAUUGAAAAACAUCUGACAAAGAGCAAGUGGGAUCCAUUUGCUGACCCAAAGAUUCUUCUCAGAAGAACUGAUAUGAAGCCAGAUAAAAACAUGAAGACCAUUGUGAAACAAUAUCGUUCAGGACAACUUCAGACAUUACUUUAGCCAAACACUUCCAUAACAUCCCCUUAUUCCCUUCGUACACGAUGCCAUAGAUUCUCAUCUAACUCUGAGAGAGGUAGUUUACCUCUCAGUUGAAAGGGCCUCUUUUGAUCAUGGGUAGAGUUCCAGUUAACAAUUUUUUUAGAACAAUUACAGUAAUAGGAUUAAAAAGGUCACAUAAGUCACUGACACACCAAUCCUUGCACUGAUAGAUUAUCACUUGUGGGUGGUUUCCUAAAUAUACCAAUUUGUGAGAUUUUUCUCUCUCAAUGUAUAAUUAGCUGUGAAGCUGGCUUAGAGAAAGAGUCUAAGCUGCUUUAUAAUUUUUUGAAAAAUGAAGUCAAAUCCUGUAUUUAAUCUUUAAUUUUUGUGGUGUGUGUCGGGGGUGAGGUCCUCUGAAUGUUCCUGGCUGCUCUGUAUGCAAUUGUGACAUGUGGUCAAGGAAGACAGGUGACACAUCAUGAAUAUUUAAAAUAAAAAGCAUUUUUAUUAACAGAUUAACUUUGAAUCCAAAUAUGAAAUGAAAAUAGCGGUGAUUAAGAAAAAACAUUUUAGACUUCUUGACAGAUAGAGAACUUGUUGAACACUUAUGUAAACAACAUCCUCUUACCAAUAUAGUAGACAUGUCUCCAGGUAAGGCCAGACAAUAAUUCAGUAAUGUUAACAUAUUGAUUGAUAGACGUGUGGUUCAAAAGAAAAAAAAGGGUUAGUUGCAACUUGAAUAGAAGAACAAUUUCCUUCCUUAUGCAUUCCAGUCCGUCAUGUAGGUUACACUCAUUACAUCCUCAAAACCAAUCACAAACACGGACCCAAGAACGAUCCAUCACCAAGCUUUAAAGAGUUCAGAGAGCAUGUGUUUAGUUUUCUUUUUUUAAAACUUACAGUUUUGGUAAAAAGUUGGUUGAAUGAAGGGUUGAGUUUAAAUUCAGUGUUCUUUAUCUAAAAAUAGGUCAUUUGGCAACAGCAUAAAAAAGCCAGAGCUGUACUUAAAAUGUAUGUUUUGAAUUUUUUGACAAUUAUCGAUAUCUCUCAAUAUCGUUUUAAUAUCGUCCAGCCCUAUCUACUUCAAUGAAUAUAUAUUCAUAAUGUUUAUGGUUGGCUUUUGGUUGUUCAGAUGAAAAUUCACCUGGAUUCACUUGAGAUUGUCUUAGACACAGUAAUAUUAUACAUUUUGAAAAUUUUCCUCUUAAAGGACUUAUUGUAGAACUUAUUUUCCUUAUUAAAGUUAAAUUAUUUGACAUUUACAGAACUUUUGAGUAAUACAUUAUGCAAAGAGACAUGUAGCAGAGCAAGCGGCUAAUUUGUUUCCAAAUAUAAAACUAAAACAUAAUUAUCUAUGCAUAUUAGUUUAUUUGUGUUAUUAAAGUGACAAUUGACUCUGGCAAUCAGUGCCUAUUCAUUUAAAAAAGUUGUGUUUUAUUGGAAUUUCCUGCAUAUCUUAAAAUUAGGAUGAAGUAUUUCUCUGAUGUUGUUGUGUCCCCUGGCUCUAUCUUCUCUAGUUAAAGGAACCUUAAGGGCUCAGUACUGCAGCAUUCUAAUGACUGCUGGUUAAUGUUCUAGUCUGCAGUAAAAACAGUGAGAUAUAUAAAGCAGCUACCAGUCUAUAUGUGAAGGGUUUCUGUAAAUUUAAAUGUAAAAGCUUUCAUCUUUCUAGUUAUGCAUGAUUAGUGAGAAAAUUAAAACUAUAUUUGGGUGAUAAUGUACUCGUUCAAGAUAGAGAAAAGUGGUUGGAACUAGAAGUAAAAUGAAUGUUUUUAAAAUAGCCACACCUAAACAGAGACGAUGGACUGUUUUAAAAAAAAAAAAAACACAGAAUAGAACCAUCUAUGCUUAGUAUUAACUCUUCUGUUCAUGCAGUUUAUCUCCUUGAAACAUGCAGUUAAAAUACCUAAUAUAUCACUUUUAAUAUUCCACCAGCCAAAAUGGCUUAAAGAACAACAGGUAGACUCAUGUGACCUUUAAUGUCCAAAUACUUUGUUGCAAAAAUAAACCUGCAAUUGCCAACCAAUGAUCAGAAUUGGGAAGGUCUGUCAGAUGAGACUUCAUGGAACAAGAAAAUAUAUCUAUAUUUUUUUCAUUUAUUCAAAUGUGUAGGACAUCAGUGUCUGUAGAGAGUGCAAAAUAAAUAAUUGUUCUUUAAUAGUCACAAACAUGUUGGGUUGAAAAUGGGAAUAUUAUCUUUCACUUGUGUUUUGUUUCAUGAUUUUACAUUAAGGGGAUAAUCAGCUAAAACAAAAUGAUUCACAUCAUUUAGAUUUAAAUGAAUUUUAAUUCAAACAAAAAGUUUGUGUCAGAUGGAAAAUGAGACAGUCAUCUCUCAAAUGAGCCAGGCCUGUUUUGAAAAUAAAAAAUAAAAACAUCAAUUUGGUUUUCUUAGCAUGUUAUCAAAAUUGUCUGGUCAGAAAUGGAUAUCCUUCUCAUUGAUAAACGGAAGACACUUCACUGCCAGUACAGCAAACAUUUUUUACUGGUAUUCUGCUUGGUUAUAUUUGAUGAAGAGCAUGACCUGCCAAAAGUGACAGACUAUAAAAAAUUACAAAAUACACAAAUUUCAAAUAGCUUCCCCUAAUUUUUCUGGAUCUUUGCAUGAUUACUAUAUUUGUUAUCUGGUCAAUCGUUUACUGCUAUAACAAGCAGUUUUAGGCAGGUCAUUAGCACUAAGGGAAUGAUUGUGAAAGCCUAUGGUCAAAUCAAACUGUAACUCCAAUUUAGUUACUGUUUUUUAAUCUGAUGUUUUAUUGAACUGUUUAAUGAUUUUAUCCUAAUACAAGGUAACAAAACAGUUUAUAUAUUUUUGUGAAGCACAUUGAUAUCUGUAGUUCAGUGUUCUUUCAGAAUUUUAAGAUAUAUUGGUUAUGGAGAGAAUUAAGAGGGCUCAAUUUUAUAUUGAUAUUAAUUGAUUCUGCUUUCUAGUAAAUUACCUUUAGGAAAUUGACUACUUAUGAAGUUUGGGGCAAUGGAAUAAGUAUGCUCUUGUAUUUUGAAUAAAAUGUAUUUGAUGCAUAGAUA